AUGUCGGAUAUAUUAUGCAGGUGGCUGAACGAGGAGCUGCGGCUGUCACAAGCUGUUGACCCAAAGACCUUGGCCAAGAAUUUCUCCAGUGGUUACCUAAUUGGGGAGGUUCUGCAUAAAUAUCAGUUGCAGAACGAUUUCAGUAUGUUUAUGAAAAAGGACACCGCCAUCUCCAAAUUGAAUAAUUUUACCCGUCUUGAGCCUACUCUCCACUUACUCGGGAUCUCCUUCGACAUAAACACAGCCGAGGAACUCAUGCAGGAGAAGCAGGGUGUUGCCACACGCCUUCUUUACCAACUCUACAUCUCACUUGAAAAGACACAGAGAGCACAGAUCAGCGGGACAGUGAUGGAAAUCAUGGAGCCUGCAGCCAAUGCUGGCCUGCACAAAAAAGAGCAUGAGAUCUACUCUGAUAGACUGCAUCAGGUGGUAAAACGUGAUGCAGAUCUGAAGCUGCAGAAAAUUUCUCAGCACUAUGAGGAAAAAUGCAAGCAAUUGCGUGACAGGUCUGUGAUGAUCCAUCCCAUCCAGCAAAAGAGACAACUCAAAGUCCAGGAUGUCCAUAGAAUGAAGAAUAUUGAGAAGCUGCAGGUGUGUCACUGGAAGCACAAUGACAUCAUGACUUGUAACCAGGCCACCACUGUCCAGGUUCCCAAGCCACCUCCCUACACUUCACAGCUCAAUCUAAAGAGGAGACAACAUCAGCAACAACGCAGAGCACAGCAAGCACAGAAGGUCCAGACUGAAAUAGCACAGUUUGAGACACACAAGAAGAAACUGGUUACUUGCGAUUUUUCUUCAUCUCCAAGUGGUCAGCCCAUCCCUGGAGAUUUUCCCCUUGGUGGCAGCAGCCAGGGCUGCGAUAUGCCUGGAGGUGGAGCUAAGAUGAUUUUACAGUCCAAUAGCAAGUAUAUACAGGAUAUCCGGCAGAGAUUGGCAGAGAAUGCUCGUGAGCAGAGAGAUAAAAGACAAGACAGAUUCCUGGUGGAGCAGCUCAAGGCCCAUGAAGCACGAGAGGAAGCACAGCGAGACGAGCAGCUGGUGAAGCGUCUGACACGUCAGACUCAGCAGGAGCAGCGUUUGGCAGCUCAGCUCCUUCAGAUACGUACUCAGAAGGAGGUGAUCCGGCAGAACCGCCUAUUCAGAGAGCAGCAGUACCAGCAGCGGAGAGAGAGGGACUUCCAGGAAGCUCUGGAGAGGGAGGCGGCUUUGGCUCGGCAGGCUAAGUUGGAACAUGCUGAAGAGAUCAGAAAGGAGCUUGGAAUCUGUAACAGGAUUGCUGCUGAGCGAGCUCAGACCAGAUACAAGAAGCACUUUGCGAGCUGCAAGGACAUUUUGGAGCAGAUAGUGGACUUGGCCACCAAGGUUGGAGAAUAUCGACUGCUCACUGGGAAUCUGAUUCCAGAGAAGCUGAUGAGAGAGUGGAAGGAAUUGCUGUUCAGUGGUCUGCCUCUCUAUGAGCCGAUAAAGGGCCAGCAGCCAGGGUUUGAGUUCUCUACCCCGCUAGACCCUGUAGAACUUAAGAAGCAGGAGAUACUCAAAAACCAGGACUAUGAUGAAUACACUAACAUGGUAGGUGAGUGGGCAUGGCCAGAGGAAGCAGGGGACGUCAAAUUACCUCCGACCAACAACGACAUUCUUGGACGUGUUGUCCUGCAACUGCGGAAUAUUGUUCUUCAACCCAUCAUGGAACCCUCUUCACCUUCAUUUCCUCACUUUACCCUCAAGGCCUGUGUCCUUGGCAAGUUUUGCUCUGGCAAGACCACCUGCCUGGCCAAGAUUGCUGAAGCCCAUGGCAUCUAUGUCUUAUCAGCUGACACGCUGAUUGAGGAGGCUCUGAAUGCUUUCCAGAAUGGAGAGGAGGAUCUACAGGCCACAGAGCAGCAGGAAGAGAAAGACAAUGAGAAACUGAUCACAUCCUCCGUAUCACUGAAACAUGAUCUCGAAGCUAAAGAGGAAAGUAAAGACAGUGACUUAAGACUGUCUACAAGGGCUAUGCAGGGAAAAGCUGCAGAAAAAGAGCUGAGAAAAGGCAAUGCCAUCCCUAAUGAGCUGUUUGUGGAUAUUAUAGUAGAGGCUAUCAGGCAGGUCCCAGCUCAGUCAGGUUGGAUCCUGGAUGGCUUUCCAUUGGACAUAACCCAGGCCUACCUGCUAGAGAAAGCCCUGGGUGGCUCUGUAGACACAGGAAAUGUUGAUGUAAGCAGCAGGAUGGACCUUGCUGCUGAUCCUAAUCCACCCAAACCUCCAACAUCCCCAGCUCCCGUACUGGACCUGGCUCUGCUGCUGGAUGUCCCGGAUGAGUGCGUGGUCAGACGUGCAUUCAGUGAGACGGGUACUGCUACAACCUCCCAUCCCACAGACAAGAACUUGUAUCUGGCACAAAUUCCACACAGGAUCACAGCAUUUCAUGACACUUGGCCAAAACUAGAGAAAUGGUUUGGUGGAAAGCAAAACAUUUUGGUCCAUGUUGAUGCAGAUGUAGAAGAGGACGAGCUUUACAGGAGGGUGGAGUCUGUCCUGCAGCAAGUUAUGAUGCAAACACAGGAGGCUCUCGCCACUCCUCUUGUUAAAGAGGAGGGAAAAGCUCUGGAUUCCUGCUCUUCAGCCACACCGCCACCUGUCAACCAACCUACAGCUUCCACAGACAAAGCUCCUGAUCCCACAGCGUCCCAUUCCAGCCUCAAUGAGGAAAAAGCCCAAAGUGCGAAGUCCCUUUCCAAAUCCAGCACACACUCCCCCAGAGGGCAUUCUAGGAAGGCGUCAACUUCCUCAGUGACCAAUGAGGACUCUCAGGGAGUCCCCAAGAACCCACCUAAUUCUGCUUCUCCCUGCCCAGGUUCAUCCAACUGGGUCUAUGUGGAUGAACCCCUUCCCCCAGAGAUCCCAGAGUACCUGUGCUCCCACUGGGACACAUUGUGUGACUCUUACAUGAACAACAUAAAGACAGUGAUGCAGCAGCUGCGCUCACAACGCACUGCUAUUAUCCAUCGCCUAUACGACAUCAGAGAGGAGUACAAGCAUUACCUGGGGCGUCCAGACUUGAAGCAGGAGCUAGUGUCUCAGUGGCAGAAGGACUUUAACAGCAUACCUGAUGAUAUGAGAGAAUACGAGGACACCAAAGCAGAACUACAUCUGAGGCUGGAUGAACUGUGUGAACGUUUGUGGGACAUUAGUGACAAGCGUAAGGAGGAGGAUGAGCAAGAGAGGGCUGCUCUCAUGGGUGAAGGCUGGAUGGAGGACCACACUGCGAUCAUAGUUAACCACCACUCUAUACUCAUGCAGGUGGAGUUGGACCGUUUCCAGGCCACACUCUGUCUUCUUAGGGUCUACUAUUUGAGCAUGUACAGUGAGGUGCUGCCUAAGCUACCCUCCAGUGCUGUUUGCAUCCCCCUACUUGGCAUGCCAGAAAUUACGGACCAGGACGAAAGUACUGAACCAGCGAAGACAAGUGUGGACAAAGGAAAGGCCAAGAAGACAACUGAAUUACGUCCUGACUCCUCAGGAGAGGUCUCUAAGACGGAUGGCCAGCAUCAGACUGAACUUGUCAAGCCACCACAUGAGAAACUGAUCUCUGACUAUGAGGAGGCACUUACAGUCAUCGACAAACUGGUGUCAGCUGAAGCCCACCAGGGGGAGACAAAAGAGAAGGAGGAGAGAGUGCAACAAAAGGGGAUGGUGAAGGCCAAAAAGUGUCAUGAACAAGAAGUGAAAAACAAAAUACAUAAAGAAUAUGCUGCCGCACUGGAUCACGAGGAGAAUGCAGCAAAAGUCCGCAUUGCACUGCUGAAAGGUCAUGGUCUGGCGAUGGUGCAAUCCUUGCAAAGCAGAGCUGAAGAGAACUUAAGCAGCAUGAAGAAGUGGUUAGAAGCACACUAUCUUGCAGAAAUGAAGAGUAUCGAUCAACUAUCAAAAGUGGUUCGCCACCACAUAGAGGCUGGUGCUAAAUUGCAGAAUGAGCUUGUGUUGGUUGGUACUGACUUCUACCUGAAUGGAGACUGUAACAUGGUGGCUAGCCCACCUUCCCCUCCCCAUCCACCUACUCUGGAGAAACCCACACAAUCUACUCUGACCAUCACUCAGUUUGAGUCACUCCAUAAACAGUUCUGCAUUGUGGCUCCGUCAGGCCUCAUGUCCAGUUUUGAGUUUUCCUGUUUACUUAGAGAUAUUAUCUCUGUUAUCAUGGGUGGAAACACCUUGCCUGAUGCCUUGAUUGACAAGAAUGAAAGACAGUUGACGGAGAUUGUAUCUCUGCUAACGGAUGGCGAUGAACUGAUAGACUGGCGUCGGUUUUUGCUCAGUGCUGCCCUCCCUUGGCCAUUUCCCUCCUUAACACAGCUGCUGGUCACGCUCCAACAUUUCAAGGCAGUGGACACUGGUGACACCGGCUAUAUAAACGAGGAACAGUACCUGCAGACAGAGUUGUGGUUUUCCAAUGACAUGGCGCAGCCUGUCUCUGAGGACCCCUCUCAACCUCUAACUUAUGACCAUCUGGCUAACCUGCGUAAGUUCUUUUUCCAGCUGUUUGCAGACCACUCUUUCUCUCCACCUCGACUGUACUAUGUGUCCAUGCUGCAGUACUUUGCAGCUGACCCCAACCCCAGACAGGGCUUCAUCAGAGCACUUAGUGUAGUGCUGGGACAACAUCCCAGGCACGCCUCACCAAGCCAUCUUGUCAAGUCUAUGCCCAGUAUAGAAGAGGGCACAGAGCUCAGCUCCACAGAACUUGAUGGAGUGUACAAGGGAGAAGAGACUCUGUGUGUAUCAAGCAGUUUAUUGGGGGAGCAGGAAGUAUCCAUCCCAGCUCUCCUUGCUGUCAUCUGCCACAAAGUCACCAAGAUGAAAGACACCAACCUCCUUCCUUCAGGCUGCCUGAGUCAGGAGGAGCACACUGAGCACCUGGUGCAUGUAUUCAGAGAGCUGGGUUACAAGCCAGAGGACUGUGUCCCGUUCUCUGUUCUCUCUCAGCAUCCUGUCACCCAGAGCCUCAUGGAGACCUCAACACACUACCGACUAGUAAACAUUCAUAAAUUGCUCCUGGGCCAUCAGGAUGAAGGCGAGGCUAACAGCUUGACAGUUUCCUAAAUGAUAAGACAUAUGCGGCACAUAUAUACUUUUGUAUGCACCACAAAUA